CAGGGCCGUUGGAGUCUGCAUCCUACCCAGAGCAAGAUGUGCCACCAGCGGUUGGUCAUCUCUUGGUUUUCCCUGGUUUUGCUAGCAUCUCCCCUCGUGGCCAUAUGGGAACUGAAGAAAGAUGUUUAUGUCAUAGAAUUGGAUUGGUACCUGGAUGCCCCUGGAGAAAUGGUGGUUCUCACCUGUGACACCCCUGAAGAAGAUGGUAUCACCUGGACCUUGGACGAGAGCAGUGAGGUCUUAGGCUCUGGCAAAAACCUGAUCAUCCAAGUCAAAGAGUUUGGAGAUGCUGGCCAGUACACCUGUCACAAAGGAGGCAAGGCUCUGAACCAUUUGCUUCUGCUGCUUCACAAAAAGGAAGAUGGAGUUUGGUCCACUGAUAUUUUAAAGGACCAGAAAGAACCCAAAAAUAAGACCUUUCUAAGAUGCGAGGCCAAGAAUUAUUCUGGACGUUUCACCUGCUGGUGGCUGACGACAAUCAGUACUGAUUUGACAUUCAGUGUCAAAAGCAGCAGAGGCUUUUCUGACCCCCGAGGGGUGAUGUGCGGAGCACCUAUGCUCUCUGCAGAGAGGGUCAGAGGGGACAGCAAGGAGUAUGAGUACUCGGUGGAGUGUCAGGAGGACAGUGCCUGCCCAGCCGCUGAGGAGAGGCUGCCAAUUGAGGUCAUGGUGGAUGCCGUUCACAAGCUCAAGUAUGAAAACUACACCAGCAGCUUCUUCAUCAGGGACAUCAUCAAACCUGACCCACCCAAGAACUUGCAGCUGAAGCCAUUAAAGAAUUCUCGGCAGGUGGAGGUCAGCUGGGAGUACCCUGACACGUGGAGUACUCCACAUUCUUACUUCUCCCUGACAUUCUGCGUUCAGGUCCAGGGCAAGAGCAAGAGAGAAAAGAAAGAUAGAGUCUGCGUGGACAAGACCUCAGCCACGGUCAUCUGCCGCAAAAAUGCCAGCGUUAGUGUGCAGGCCCAGGACCGCUACUAUAGCUCAUCUUGGAGCGAAUGGGCAUCUGUGCCCUGCAGUUAGGUUCCAAUCCCAGGAUGAAAAUUUGAAGGAAAACUGGAAGAUAUUAAGCAAUAUGUUUAAAGACAGAAUAGAAUUGACCCAAAAAGAUAUUUUCUAUCUGAUUUGCUUAAAAAAAUUUUUUUAGGGUCACAAUGAUAUCUUUGCUGUAUUUGUAUAACUAGAUGCUAAAUACUCAUUGAAACAAUCAGCUAAUUUAUGUAUAGAUUUUCCAGCUCUCAAGUUGUCAUGGACCUUCGUGCUAUUUAAAUAUUUAAGUAAUUUAUGUAUUUAUUAAUCUGUUACUGUGAUUUAACAUUUGUGUGCCAGGACGUAUUGAAUGUUUCAUAGUCUCACGACCUGAUCCAUCAGGGUCAGUCCUAUUAUGCAAAAUGUGAAUUUAAUUUUAUUUAUAUUGACAACUUUUCAAGCAAGGCUGCAAGUACAUCUGUUUUAUGACAAUCAGGAAGAACACAGUGUCCUGAUACCAGUGCCAUCAGAUAUUAGUGAUGGAUGGGAACACAAGAGAUACAUAAAUAGAAACCUGACGAUGCAAACCUGUUGAGAAGAUCCUGGAGAAGAAGAUGCUAGGAUGCUAGUUCUCAUGUCUGUGAAGACUUCCUGGAGGUGGUGGUGAUAAAGCAAUUUAGGGCCACUUGCACUUCUAAGCAAGUUGAAUCUUUGGAUGCCCAAAUUUUGAAAUGGCUAAAAAAAAAAAAGAAAAUGAUUGACCAGGCUGGGAAACAUAGCAAGACCCCCGUAUCUACAAAAAAAUUAAAAGUUAUCCAGGCAUGGUGGCUCAUGCUUGUGGUCCCAGCUAUUCAGGAGGAUGAGGCAGGAGGAUCACUUGAGCUCAGGAGGUCAAGGCUAUGAUGAGCCCUGAGUGUGUCACUGCACUCCAGCCUAUGUGACAGAAUGAGACCCAGUUUAAAAAAAAAAAAAAAAAGAUUGAAAUUAAAACUCAGCUUUAGCUUCAAUGGCAGUCCUUACCUCCACCUCUCUACAAUACACACGAGGAUGACACAAAAACACCAUAAGCGUCUGGAAGGCAAAAUGAUUUUAAGAUUCAAGAGAGAGGACAAGCAGUUAUGGCUAAGGACAUAAA